AGAGGGAGGGAGAGGGCUGGUGCGUCCCUGCCCUCUCUCUGCAUCCAGCUGCUGCGUCGCUCCACAGCAGCAGUGAACUCACCACACUCACUAUGGCUUUAUCCGCAAGCAGGAUCCUCUUGGCGCUAUUCGUCACCUUUUGCACAGCGGGAUGCGGAUGGACAGGUAAAGGAUUUGUUUAUUUCCUUUUGAACAGGUGAACGCGUUGCUGACUCCCUGCUCUCACCUUGUGCAGUUAACAUAAAAGUCCACAGCUUGAUGGAUGGGGCAGCUGUUGCACUUUCUUGCCUUACGUCGACAUUUAUUUUGUCAAAUCGCAAAGCUGUAAUUCCGUGACAAAAAGCACGUGAUUGGGAGCCAUGUCUGUGCACGUGAACCUGAACUUUUCCAAAAUUUUCAAACUUUUCCAGGAUUUUCCAAGUACUGAAGUUAACUUUUUUAUGCUAACGAAAUAGAUUAACUGUUGCUAUUUAUAAUUCACUGUAAAGUUGAUUUUGAUUCAUCAUCUGCAGAUCUACAGGAGUUGAAGUGUGCAAUUAAAGAAAAGGCAGACUUCACAGUCUUUUCUCACCCUAUGAUAAUUUAUGGGGGGAAAAUAUGAUGCUAUGGCCCCUGAGCUGCAGUCAUGGAACUAGUCCUUACAUCAUACAGCAGGCACAACCUGCACAGGGUGUGAUCAGCAGUUACAAGAUAGUGACACAUUUCAGGCUAGAUCAGUAGAAACAGUGUGGUGCUUUCUUUUGGAGCGGUGUGAUUCCACUUUAGUGAAUAAUCUGGAUGAUUGGGCUGAUAAAUGACCUGCUUCUAAAACUUGGUUUCAUGGGAGAAAAGAAGUGGUGCUACUGGGUUGAAGUUUUCCUUCAGUCGCUUUCUUUGGACAGAGACUUUCAGAGUCUUAACAUUCAUCAGCCAUUAGGCAGGGAUAAAAGAAAUAGUCAAGAGACAGUAAAAGUAUUCAAAGAAUAUCAAAAUGCUUUCACCCGCAAGGAAAUACUACAGUAGUCGAUUGCAACCAAACCGCAGAGCGCUUUUUUCAAGUUUCUUAAGGGCUUUUAGUCAAAAAAGACUUGGAGGAAAGAAGCCCACAUCAGGGCGGGCAGUAAAACUAUACAAAAUACUUAAAGUGCCAUAAAGUCUGAGGAGUUUUGGAGGCCAUAUAACCAAACCCCUUUCCUACAGAUUACUCAGCCCACUUAUAUUGUCACUUGAUCUGUAAGUGUCUAUGUGCCUUUUUUCUGGACUGUUAGCACUUAGAGUAUGAGGUCAUUGCUUUGUAAGAAUACAGCCAGCUGCUUUUUGUUGUGGUCUUUUCCUCUGGGUCCCCGUCUUUUCCAUUUCUCUAGUCUAGGAUAUAUUUUUAGAGCGAUCCUAUCACUCUUUUCAGCAAACACCCAGCUCCUCAUUUACUCACCUGCACACACACACAUACACACACAUUCACACACACCUGGGGGAUACUUAACUCAAGCACAUUUCUCUGCUGCUGCUCCCCUGAGCACUUUGGAGCUAAGUGCUUUCCUCUCGGGCAUCCUGACAGAAGUUGUUAAAAGAGAGGAGAGUGUUGCUCAUUAACUCUCUCCACUAACAUGUCAUCAGCUUUUCAGUGCAAAAUUUGUCAGGACAGGGAGAAAUUAGGCCUGUGGGAAUAUCUGGACACGAAAGAGAGCCCAAAAAGAAUACCUUAAACAUUGUAUGUUUGGAUAAUAAAUAAUCCCAACCUCUUGCAUGCAGCAUCAGUCCAUCAUCUCCUGGAGAGAGUAAUUAGGAUGGAUGGAGAGUCAGGGGGAACCGUGACCUUACAGGGCAGGAGGUUUAAAUUUCUCUGCUUCACAUGUUCAAUUCUACAAGGGGACCCUCAGAAAAAUAUCCACAAAACAUUUAAAAUGAGAAAUUUCUCUUUCUUCUCCCAAACCUGCCAUAAAAAGAACAACUUUAAUACUUUCCACUAUAUAUGAUGACCAGGUAGUGGUUGACCCAGCAACCCCUGAACACCUGCAACUUGGCUGCCUGUCAGACCUGACAGCGAUGGCAUGUGUCAUGUCAUGAUGUCAUAUCUGGGCACCGUUCCAGUUGUUUAAACAAGAACCACCUGGGCCGUGAACACCUGUCACAGCACAGUGGAUGUCAGCAUACUAAUGUGGCUGCAGGAAGCUGUAGCAUAAACCAACAGCUGAAGAUGUCAGUCUACAUCUGAUAUUCAUCUGAUGUUUGAAUUAUUAAGGAAGUUCUUGGGCUCAAGAAGCAAGCAUGUGCCCAUCAUUAGAGAAAUACAGAACACACCUUGAGGUGAUUUUAGCCUCCUCAAACUCUGCAAUGUUUUAGCUCAUGCAGUCAAUUUGAAUAGAAAUGCACAUCUAGUUAUUUCACCCAUAAACUGUAUACAGAAUGGACGCCGUCUGCCUCCUCGCUGGGUAAAGCCACCCCGAGAACAGCACCCUCUGGUGACGGGCUGCAGUAUAGGUCAUAAAUCCUGCCUCCUCCAGCAAUCCCUAUGGAGUUGUAGACAAAUUUUAGAAAUUAAUUACACAGAAUAUAAUUUUUUCUCACCCCUAGCUGCAAUGUUGACAUGUAGUUACUGUAGGACUGGUUUGUGCUCAAGUGCUCUGUUUUUGCGCCGCUCCAUUUUUAAAAGUUAUUAGUGGCUUCAUGUUUUCUAUGAUUGACACUUGAUACAGCCGAGGGAUAUGCUGUUUGAGCCGAGCGUCAACACAGUGACUCUCUGCAACUCUACCACUGAAUGCCUACAAUGCUACUGUGCAAGUGGUGGUUCCAGGGAGUGGAAAAUUUCUGAGGAAUUCAGCUUCAAAUUCAUAUAAUGAUGGAAGGCGGAGCCAAGUUGUCCAUGGAAUAUACAGUUGAUGAUUUCACCACAUAAAAUUUAUCUCUAUCAGCUGAAUACAUGCAACCCCCCACCCCCAGCCAUUUGAUGAUUGAUGUGCCAUUGUUACAGGCUGAAGUCAAAGGGCAACAGCCGUCUGUGGUCAUGGUCAUAGUCUUGACAGCCAGCUUUAUGACAGAGUUCAUUACUGCAGAGAGUUUAUUGGAGGUGAGAGGUGAGACUGACAGACAUGCUACUAAGAAUUUUGUCGCCUCUUGGGAGAUAUAACACCAACACCUGAUCAAUAUACAUUUGUUUGAAGAAGCAACCCAAGCUGUAAUCAAAAAAGUCUGAGUAAUGAAAUAAAAGCCAGAGUUUCACUUUGCCCACAAGGGGAACCAACAUUAACUCAAAUGAAAAAGUCAUUGCAAGAGCUUUAAGUCAGGACAGCAAUAAAAACUCAAUCUGGUGGAUAAAGAAGAGAAAUUCCACAAUUUCACUUUGAAGUUCAGUCAGUUUAGUGAGACAACAUUUUCUCUACCAUUAUGCGGUAGGAUUUAUUGGUGAGACACAAAACAUCUCCUUGCAAAAUGAUAAUCCAGAGAACAUGUUGUGAUGGUUUCCAUCUGACAAAAGUUUUUCUAGCAAGCAUUUUAGUAAAAUCUGUAACCAGUAAGGUCUGUGAAUUGUUCUGAUUAUCACUGGUUCUCUGAAAAGAGAUGUUCUUUUGUGUCUGAAAUACCACGUCACCAUUUGUUUGCCAUGCAUCUUACAAAUAAGACUCAUUUUAACCUGAUUUCAUCUCCAUGACAUCAGAUAGCUCAAAAACAGAUAUUAGGACAGAUGAAAAAGAAAUUAUCGGCUUGAAUGAAAUGAGAGACGUGAUAAUCGUUUAUUAAGGACCGGUUAUUUGGGUGACCCAGUUUUCAUGGUAUGGUGAAUUUGAUUCAAAUCACAAUCCCUGAAAUACAUCUGGAUCUGACCUAUAAAGGCUCAUUUAUGCUCAAUGUUACAUACAGAUCCGGACACAGAGCUCUCUGUCCGUGUCCGGGUUCUUUAUGUCUGUAUUUUUGCACGUAUCCUGGAAGUUUACAGAUAUGGGCCAGAUGGAGCAGUACCACUGGAAACCGCAGGGGCAGUGUUGCUGCUGUCACUACCCGAUACGCAUCUGUAGAGAGAAAUGAAGAGGACAGUGGUGGGGCUUUUUGAGGAUCAUCAUCAAUUCCUCUCAUUGGUACUACCAGAGAAAAGAAUUCACCGUCCUCCAACCAUGAGACAUUUAGUGGCCUGACCGUCCACUGCCUCCUCUCAGCUGUCCUUGUUUCUGUCUCCUAUGCAAAUCACACAUUAUCACUAGCUCUUCCACAGUCGCCAUGUUUCUUUUUCCUUGUUGUUGUCAGAAACUUUUGACUCCAGCCUGCCCCCUGGUGGAUGUUAUGGUUAACAUCUAUGCCAGGUAAUUUCACUGAUUACCUUACCUCCAAGCAGAGAGCAGGGACUAAUCAGUUUGUGAUGGAGUUUUGGGUUGGACAGAAAACCUGCAGCCUCUCGGCCCUCCAUAGCACAUGAUUGCCCACCUCUGAUAUAUGCGAACGUAAGUACGCAAGGAAGUAUGUGGGCAGUGGCGGAACCAAAGUUUUAAACGGACGCGUACAUUUUCAUACGUAUGUCGAGCAUAAAUGAGCCUUCAGACUUAAGCUCUGACAGCCAGUUGCACCACAAGGGGGACUUCACUACUCUGAACCUGAUCAUCCAAGGUUAGGUAGCUUUUAAAAUUACUCCUCAAUCUGUGGCUCCCAGUUCUACAUUACAUCGAAAAUUGGACAGAUCUAGUACAAUCACAUUUCUCAGCCAAAUUAUGAUCUGACUCCAUUAAACAGUAACUGAUUUUGUGAUCAGUUCUUCUUAAUAGCAGAUUUCUGAGCAAAGUGUAAUGUGACUAAAGUGGGAUCACAGAAUGUAAAAAUAGUUUGCCAAGUGUGGCCCACAUUAGCAGAGCUAUGGUCUGCUGAGCUUUGGUCCUCGAUACAGGUUAAUGUCCUCAUGCCUGUGCUGGUUACACAUUGCCCCAGUCAAGUAAACCAAAACACAGCUUAUACAGCUUUAUAUCCAUUUUUUAGUAGUUCAAUAUACUGCCAAACAAUGCAGCGCUAAGAGAUGCUAUCUGUUACAUGUGCUUGUUUACAUCUAGCUAGUAGAGCAAUGGCUACAGCCCCAACUAGUGGUGGGUGGCUGCAUUCAAGCUUAGAGACAACACCUGAGUCAUAUUUCAGGCCCACGAUAGUACUAAAAGUAUUAAUAACUUGUUUAAACAACUAGUAACUCUGGCACAAACUAGCAAUGGGGAUAAGUUUUGAUUGGUCAACUCAGUGGGUGCAUGCUUUGUACGUAUAACUAAAGGAUGCAUAGAUUUGAAAUGAAGCAUCAUUCUUACAAAUUAUGUGACCAAGUAGAAGCAUGUAGAAGGAAAAGAGGAGAGGGUCAAAAGUUGAGCCCUGGGGUACUCCAAAAUUAGAAAGCAUUAAAAGAGAAACAGGACCUGAGCCAACACAAAGACGCUGACCCAUUUUUCCAGGUGAUAAAUCAGUAUGACUUGGAGGUAAAUUCCUAUGUACUGUACACAUUCCUAAAAUUAGCUGCAAACACAGAGGUGGCUUGGUGAGGAAACCUCCCACAGAUUUGCUUAAGGUUUCAUUCAUGCAUGCCAAAUGCUAGCUGUGCUGUAAUUUUAUCAAAUAAGAACAUUAAAAAGUAGUCAGUGGAAACUUUUACAUCACUUGCCUCUGGUGCUAACAGAUGAUGAAUUAAAAAGUUACCCAGGUUGUCAUGAGUUUGCCUGCGUUGUUUUAAAUAAUGCAAAUUAUUCAAUUAUUCAAACACCUGUAAGUGUUCGUGACUGCAAUCUUCGUUGCUUAGAGCUGAGAGCUUGGCAUCACCUCAUCUCUGACAAGCUUCCUCUUCUCCUUGAACCCUUUUUCCACAUACCUCCUUUCAUACAUAUAGUCCUUGGAGUGUGUGAGGACCAUUAUUAGGGGUUAGUGAUGGGUCAGCAUCUGUGCUAUUUGUAGCCAGGUGAAAAGGUUCACUCAUAAAAGCAGCGCACACUACAGGUACAUGAGGGCAGGUAUUUUCUGAAACAGUUUUACAGUCUUCUGUGCUAAAAGGUCUUUCAUACAUGUGAUUUCUUUCUACCGAACUGCUCUUGCACACACAUGUGAAUGUCCAUUUGUUACUUUGACUCUGCCACAAAGACUUUCAAGCCACAAAAACACAUUAAUAUGAGUAUAAAAAAGACACGUGCACAAUGCCUUAAUUCUCCACAUACUCAGUAGUCUCCACUGCCUCACUGAAAAGCAUUGAUAUUUCUGCAUUAUUGCUCAGGUUUCACAUGACAACGCCCUAAAGAGCAUCUUUCGGCUCUCGCCCUUGAAUUAUUAUGUUACCAUCGCUCAAUUUCCUCCCAAAAAGUUUAUUCUUGAACUGCAAUCUGUUGUUCUCCUAGAAGGAGUCUUGAUUUAAUCUGAAUUAUCUAGUUUGCCCUUGGAUCAUAAAUUUCCAGAGGGGGCCAAAUCCCAGUAUGAUGUCUGGACAAAAGGAAUAGAUCCUUUCCUACGUAAUACGUAGCUUUAAUGGAAACCGUAUGGAAGUGAUUGAAGUGUGUCCAGACUUGUGUCAGUGGAGUCUGCUAUGAGCAGCUGAUAAAAAUGACUCCUCUUCAACUCCUAUUAAUGAGAAAAUAAUGAGGAAAGACUUUGUUUUGUUGUUUUUUGAUUUUGAAGAAACACUUUUACACUCCAUGCGCUGAGGCAAAAUGUGCUCCUAGAUGUUAUUUGGAGGCUACAAAAACAGCAACAGGACCAUCUUUCAGCACAUACUUAGAGGCCAAGAAACAACACUGCAGGCCUCCCAUGAGCCGUGACCAUCUGCAAGCUGUAACACACAAGGCCUGAGAUGUAAUUAUUCUUAAAUGUGAAAAGUGAGAGUGCAGCCCAUCCAGCUGGGCGCACACCUGUCCAGCAGACAACAAGAAUUCAAAGUAAUGAAGUGAUUUUUUUUUAAGAGCGCUAGCCUGAAAGUGCCGCUGUAAACCUUUGGGGAGCGAAGACAGUCAUAAGGGCUGAGUGUUUAUGACAUGGACAGACUAAACUGACAACAAUACAUGAGAGCACUGACUGGAUGCUAAUAAAGCUUACACCAUUUGAACUGCAAGAACUGCAUUUCUUUAUUGUUCAGCCAGAACUCACUCACAGUCUGAAUCUUAAAACUGUCACAGUUAAUAUCCGUCUGUUAACAAUAUUUGACUGAGAAUCAUCAUCACCAACAGCUGUGUAGAAAGAUAGAUAGCAUGUCUCCGCCUUCUCUCAUUGUGAUGCCACAUAAUCUCUGCAGACUUUUUGCACUGCCAACAUAAUUUGUAGCUGUAGUCUGCGCAGCAGGCAUCAGCUGGGGGAGCUGCAGUACUGAUGUACUGUGCCUUUCACUAACCAAAACACACACUUAACUCACCAAUAAAACUGCACAAAUACCUAAGGCUAACAGAGUCUCCAGUGUAACAGCUUCUUCAGUCAGUUUGAAGCAGACCCCUCACACUUAUGGAAAGUUCAGUGACUCUUCUGUGAGUGUUUGUUACCUUUACCCUUGUCAGUCCCUCUCUGCCCUUCAUGGUUUAGUGAGCUGCUGCACAACAGUUGUUUUGAAGAAAAGGGAAGGUAUAGUUUGUUUGUUGAAGUAGGGUUGUAUUAGGAACAGUUGGCAUAUUACCUACAGAGGUAGUCUUGGACCUCUUUAUUUUGAAUUGACCUCUUCUAUUGGGCCAUUUUGGGACAGUUUUCUGGUUUUUCAACAAAGGGACUAAGCCCAUGGGUGGGUUUUCACUUACUAUUGGUAAUUAUGUCAUACAAUUUAAAUUAAGAAAAAGCAAACUCUCCUUUUUAAGAAAGAACAAAAGAAAAAGAAAAAAAGAGAGCUGUAAUUACACUUUUAUGAUACCAUGAAACCAUGUUCAUUUUGCUUAAGGUUAUCAAAUCAUCAAAAUUUCAUACUGACUCAUGUCUAGGUCCAGCUCAAGAGCCAGAUGUUUCCAUCAGUAGUUACAGGAAACCAAAAACAGCAACCAAAAAAAAAAAGUCUCAUAUUAGAUUGAUGGAAACAUUGCUACAACUGAAUAUUGGAAACUCUCUGUAUUGAAAUGUAAAAAUUUGGAAACUUUUAACUCACUAAGUGGCAUGCAGCAUGAGCUUAAGCAGUGGAAUUGUAUAUAAAAAAGAUGUCAUUUUAGACUAGCGUGGAAGUUUACAUCACAGGUUUUAUUGAUAAAGAGCCAUUUGGAUUGACUUUGACCAGCACAAAACACAUAAUCGGGGAAUUUCAUGAAUCAUUUCAAAGUUCAGGCUUGUAAACAGGUAUUAGACAUGCUUUUUAUAAAACCAUGCUGAGUCAGUUGAGGACGGGGCUGCAGCGCAUGAGGACAUUUGCUCUUGAUAAAUUCAGAGGGGUUUUUUAACAUCUCACAUGGAUGUUGUUUGCCCAAGUAUGCAAUCCUCUUCAGGAUUUUUGCAGUUUUUUCUUCCAUACAAGCCCAUUUCACAGUUUUAUAUGUAUAUAGUCUCAAAGUCAUGCCCUGUGCUUUACUUUAUUAGGUGUGAUGUUGGCCUCUUUGUGUUAAUGGGCCCUCAAACCUACAUUGCAUCAAUGCAGCAGGCAGAGAGGCAGAUGCUAUCCAAAUAAUAACUUUAUUUAUAUAGCACUUUUAAAAACAGAAGUUUAAAAAGUGCUUUGACAAACAGUUGCAAAGCACAGAACAUCAGCACAUGAAAAUAAAAACAAAUAAAAACAAAAGCUCAGUUAAAAAAAAGGCCUCUGAAUUGAAGGCCAAUUUCAUUUUUCAUAAGAAACCCAGGCAAUACAAGUACCUCACAACAUAAAAUGAGACCAUGGGACCAAAAACAGUGUUGUUACUAUUUUCUUGUUUUGUUUUGAGCCAACCUAGCCAAGAGGGAGACUUGGAAUUGCUUAUUGUCAUUAGCCUUUAGCAUCCAAGCGAAUAUGUGUUUAUUUAUGUGACCAUCAAAAUAGCUUGUAUUUCUCAGGCUUGCCUUUUUACUUGAGUUUAUGCUUCAUCAAAAAAAAGAGCAACUACACAAUUUAUUACACAAUUGCCAAGUGUAAUAAAUGCUUUUAAGACUUUCUGCUAAAUGCUGAUGCCUCUGGAUCAGAGUCCUGUUACAGUAGGCCUAAAUACUGCAGCAAUGUUUGGGGCAGCAGGCCUUUAGAAUUAUUAACAAAGACAGAUAGGACUGUAAAAAUAAAGCUCCUAGAAACAUGUUUCAUCCUGAUUUGAUUUGUUUAGCAGCUGAGAAGCCCCUGCGGCCACACAAUGGGAAACAGACGUCUCUGGACAAGGGCCUCAAGGAGAGCUGGGAACCUUCAAUCCAUCUGGACGGGAGACCUGUGGACCGCUUCAUGAUCAGCUCCAGCAAACCGCCAAGGUCUCACCGUCUCACUAAAGUGGGGAGGGACAGUCGUUCGCAUCUUCCGGAGGAUGUAGGUAAGGCAGAGAGGCAAGAAAGAAAGUCCAAAUUAGAGGCCUAGAGAAAGAUUGAAUGGCUGCGAGUCUGUCAGUAUUUGAGAUUAAAUGAUGUAAACAAAUCACAAUGGAGCUAAAGAGUUUACUGAGGGGCCUUGGGAGUGCUGAUAGCAUUGCUAGACGAAUAAGUAAUUCUGAGGAAGAUAAAUGGACCAAUGGAGAGCAAGAAAAAGAGAUUUGGCUUGAAGGAUGGCGCGAGCUUUCAGAUCUUGGAGUUCUGUACUUUCUCAGGGUGAAAGCCAAGAACGAGGCGGAGAUGUGCAAAGCUGUGCACGAGCCACAGACGCCAAGAGGUGAGGUGCGUGUAUAAUUGUUUUUUAGCAGUCAGCGAUUAGUUCAUCAUUGGAUGAGCUGUGUCAUAAGUUUGCCAGAAAGAAAAAGAUGAAGAGCAUCAGGGGAGUCCAUGUGUAUGGUCAGUGAUGUUCAUCCCAGCCCAGUAGACAGUGGUUAUUUCAGGCUUAUGAGGACAUUAUUUUAGGAUUUCACUACUUCUUUGGUUAUCCUUUUAAACCUUUAGUCUUUAUGUUUCAAUACACACAGAGUUUGCCGUGUUGACACAGUCUAGCCUGCUUUUGUCAUUAUUCCAUUUUCCUCUGUCCUUGGCUUCUCAGAGCCAUACUUCAUCAGCAGCUCAAAGUCUGCAGCCAAGCCCGUCUUUUCCACAAACCCAGCCCCGGCUUCUAUAAACCAAGCCCCUGUGUUGUGGUCACUUGUUGCGUGUGCAACAUGUGUGUUUGGUGGUGACUGUGGUGGAGGAUAGGGUGUUGCCAAAUGAUGAAGUCAUGCAUUGUCUUGUGUGGUGUGUCAGUGUUCAACAUGUGCAUAUUGAUGGGUUUGUGUGUUAUGCAAGCAUGUGUGUGUGUGUGAUGCCCAGUUUGCAUCAUGGUGUCCUUGUAGUCCUGCCAGCUCUGGCGAAGUUUGAUAUCAGUAAUUGAUGGAGAAACUGAAGCUCUAAGUUGCCCUCUCAAAAAAUGUCUUGAAGGGUAUGUACUGUUCUCCAUCAGCAGACGAGGCAGCAUCACUCACAAUGAAUAACAUGACCACGCUGCUUCACCCCUCAAAUUUAAUAUGUCUGGCCAGACAUUGUUAAACAACAGAGAAGGAUGUGAAGAGUAAGAAAGGGGGAGAUUAAAAAAAGAUGUCCAGUAUUCUGAUGGAAAAAGGAGAAAACACAGAUCAUACAAAUUUUAAAGUUGUAAAUCUCAGCUGACUUCUACCUAAGUACUAUUGUGGACAUCAUUAAACCAAGAAUCCUUCUUUUCCAGAUCCUGAAUGGAUUAACUUGGAUGGUUUUGCUGUGUUGGGGGGUGGACCUGUCAACAACUCCUCAGCAGGUAAACCUGAUCUCAAAGAGAAAUCCCUUUAAGUGUUUUACCAUCAUGAUCUCCUGUCAGCGUGGGUAUAAAAGGAACCACUGAGUCUAUUAUGAUUCUGCUCUAUCCUAAGGGAAUAUUUUCUUCUUAAUGCCGCCCCCAACUUUUCUGUCUCAGUGGGAUUACUGCAGAAAACACCCCUUGUCUUUUUCCUGUACAUUCUCAUCCAUUAAGUUUGGUAUGCUUUUCUUGCAGGUGAAAUUUAAUAUCUACAUAACAGUUUCAUGUUUUAGCCUAUGCUUCACAUGACAUACUUGCUUUCACUGAUUCAGCAGACUUUAAAUAAAAGGAAAUGAGUAGCAGUCCAACUGUCUUUUAACAAGACCUGAUGUAAGAUUUGUCAUUUUGUCAGGAAUUAUCUGCCAACAGUUUUGUUGAACCAUGAAUAAAGUGAAACCUUUGAAUUAAGACCUGGUAAACUUAAAGAAGUGGGACCUUUAGUGUUGGUUUUUGUGCUAUUUAGUGGCUGAAUGACUGACUGAGUCAGAGAAAAACAAAUGUUAUUCAUAAAUAAAUCAUGACAGACUGUGUUUUCUCGCUAAAAAUCUUGAAUCUUAGGGAAAUCAGAUUAUCUCCUCAUGUGUUUUUGGUUAAAAUCGAGCACACAGAGAAUUACAUAAACUGAAGACAAGACUUGAAACAUGUCUGUUGUUGUUUUUUUUUGUCAGUGCAGUGUCAUGGGCAUUUAGACAUGUAAGGCUUUAUGGUUAUUAUAAAAACACAGUGUAGCCUCAGGGCUGAUAAAAAAGACAUGCACACAUUUAUGUUCAUAUAGCUGCAAAAACGAUUCAGUCUCUUAACCACUUCAGUUGGCAUGUCUUUGUGCCAUAAAGGGAACAUGGAGAGGAAACAGACAAGUUCCAAAAUAAAAGGAUCAGCUCCAGUAAAAGAACCCAGGAUGUUCUUGCUGUAAGCCGACAGCGCUAACCACAGAACCACCAAGUUCUUAUGCAGUUUCUCUUGUAUGUGAUUGAGACAGGGCUAGGGAGGAGACAAACUUCAUUAUUUUUGUUGACCCUAACCACAGUUGAAAAAUAAGCUGAAUAACCACUGUGCACUGGCGGAGUAAUGAUAGAUUACAGGCAAAAAUAAGAAAACAAUUCAGAGAAAAAAGGGAAAGAAGACAUUAUAUUUUAGAAACUUCUGCUCCCAACUGCUAAAAUGUCACGUUAUUGUUAGCAUUUCAGAGGCAAGCGUUAUCUAGCAAGCUUGUAGUCCAAAACACUUCAAUAGGAUUGAAACGUAAUUGUUUUCAGAACCCAGAGGGCAUACAACAACCAAACAAAACUAAAAAGAUAACUUUCUGAGCCUUAAAGCUCCUGUGAGGAACUUCUAGCUUGUGACAGCUUUGGUGCCCCCUGUUGACAAGCACACUUUGCUUUUCUUGCUGUCCGCAUACUCAGGGCCUGAUCUACUAAAGGCUUGUGGAAAAACACGUGCAAACUUGAAAGUGCAGGCAAACCUGAUCUUCUAACCGAGUGCACCCAAGAUUGCGUCUGUCAAAUGAGUAAAACAGUGCGCGCAAUCGAUUUAGCGUGUUUGCCUUCAUGAAUUUGCAGAAUGUAUGUAGAUCAUCAGACAGCACAAAAUACUGGGAGGAGCAGAUGCAAAUGAAAUCAUUUAGCACCUGUCGCUGUUAUGGGUCUAUAUUUAGCACCUUUGAACGGUAUGUGCAAACUGACACAGCGUCACGCAUGUUCAUUGUGUGGAGAAGGAGGGAGAAGUGCAAUAAUAGAUGACAGAGAGAGAGUCUUCUGUAUGCAUGUCAACAUACUGAGACUGUCAGAAAAAAAAAUAGUAGAGUAAUAGUAACAGUAAUUUUCCUGCGUCUGACAGUUUUUAUGAAAAAUAACAUCAAACACGGAACACACGAAAAAAAAAAUGUUUGUCUUAUUGAUUUUAAAUUGUUUUGAUUCCUUUUUGAUUUCUACUAUAUUUUCUUUCAUCUGUAAAGCACUUUGAGUUGCCUUGUGUAUGAAUGGUGCUAGACAAAUAAACUUGCUUUGCCUUUUAUGCAGUUCACCAAAACGACAUGUGCAACUCCAUGCCUUUAAUCUUCAUUUUUCAUCUACGAUCACUCUGCUCUCACAAAUUCUCAAUGGUGACAGCUGAUAGCACAUGCAAUAUCCUCAUUUAGAAAGGGCGGUCUGCAUGCAAUGAUAGUAGAUCACCCGCAACACGCCCACUAAUAGCACGUGCAAUUUUUUAGUUUGCACACGCAAUUUAGCGUUCGCUAUUUGGGAUCUUAGUAGAUCAGGCCAUAAGUGUCUUCUUCUGACAUGAAAUCUCACCUUGCUGACUUUUGACUGCCAGAUAAAUCAUGUAGUAUUUUCUGUCAGAUUUAUCACUGCAUCUUUUUUUUAAUCAAAACUCAGAUAAAAACAGUUCAGAAAAUCCAUCAUAACUUCUUGUUUUAGUGUAGCCUGUCUGAAAUCAUCAGGAAAGAUUUAAUUAGCUGAUGCUUCAGUCUUAAAGUAAGCUUUUAUAAGCCUAACAUAUUUAAUAUGGGCCUACUGCCUAUAGCAGAUGUUACCUAGCUUUAAUCUAAGUUCACUCAAAGGUUAGCUCUGUCUUGUGUUUGUAGAAAAUACUGAAGCUUGUUUGACUACACUCUAGAGCUGAUAGCAUGGCUAGCUGAUGAGUUUGUGCAAAUUUCGUUUUUGACUUUUGGGUUUGACAUUCGGCUAACUUUGUUUUUUUCUUUUGUGGCUCAAAGCCUCAAGUCUUUCCAUCUGGAGAGCUCUGCCAUUGAGAAUUGUUUGUAACAGUGAAACUGUGGCCAAACUGAGCUAUGUGCUCCAGUAUGACACAUAGGCUUCCCGGUUUCUGUUUGAGGGUUUAGAUUUUCUGGUGAUGAAAUGUUAAAAUAAAUGGAUAAAAGACUUGUUUUCUUCAAACUUUAGAGGGGUACAUUCUUUAAGCAUCAGUCUCAGCACACUGAGGUGUGUCUCUGGAGUAGCACUGGUAUGUCUGUCUGUCUGGCUGUCUGGAGGCCCACCUCAAAGCACCUCAGACUAUCACGCUUCCAGGAAAAAAACUGAAAAUAUCUGGCAGUGACAGCAUUGUGUAGUCAAUGGUUUAGUGGUCCGCGGCAUGGUGACCUGGGCCAAACUAUGCACUGUGACGCUUUUCCAGAGAGAAAAAAAGAGACAGACAAAAAUAAGGAAAAGGAGAAGUCAGCUGAUUAAAACCAAAUGUCUCUUAAAUCAACUGGUGCUUUGAGAGAGAAUCAAACAGGUACAUUGAUAUGAAACAGAGAGUUGGGAAAUAUUAUUGUUCAAUGUAACCCAAAUAGCUGAAGAAGAAGAAGAAGAACUGAAGAUACUGUGCCAUAUUUCCAAUCAGUGUGUUAUGUCAGCUGGUAAUUCAGUUUAGGCUUUUAAGUUGUUGAGACUUUUCUUAUAUUGAGCAAACAUUCUGUAAACCCAACAGGUUUUUAAACUAAAUAUUUGCUGGUUUCGAGUUUCUGCAAACUAGAUUUUGUCAUUUGAAAAAAUAAUCUCAAUUUGAAGAAUCCGGAAUACACAAGCAAGCAAGAACAGAGGAAAGUGUGAAGUGUGGUUUCAUAUCAGGCAAACAACUUUUGAUGGUAGGUGAUUGACAUUGAAUUACAUGAGGUAAAUUACACAGGUCCAUUUGUGGAUCCAAUCAAAGUUAAUUUGACAGAUAAUCACCAAAACUGUUUCGUCCUAUCCCUCUUUGAAACAGAGAUUUAGACACAGAGAGAGGAAGACAAACAAAAUAACAGAUCACCCAAGAAACUACAGGUGCAGAGAAAUCUCCGUACUCAGGAUGUGAAAACAGGAAAAGCUGAGAGAAAAAUCAACAUCUCAGAGGAAAUGUUGUUGCACUUCCAAACAGCUCAAUCCCCAGAUCCAAAGUUGAGAAAUCUGCUCAGCUGUGCUGACAGGAAAGAGGAGAAGGAUCAAAACUUCAAGACAAUGAUGGAGCGUUUGAAGCCUCCAAGUCUUACCGAUCCAAACCCCGAUUUUGUCAUUAGUGUCAUUUCUGGUGUGUUUUCAAACUUCCAUUCACGCGCUCUUUGCUGUGCAUUAGGUCAACCCUUAACACAUCAUUUUAGAUGUGGUGGCUCACCCUACCUGCUCAUUUAAAGGGGAAGCUCACCUUGAUUGUAUUUCUGUUUCCCUUAUGGCUUUGAUUUAUAUCAGAUCCUCCUUCUUACAUCAGUCGACUUGUCAGAACUCAAGCAGCUGCUCGUCUCACUGUGUUGAUGGGAAACAGGGCAAAUUCCUUUCAUUUGACAGUGAUUAUGAAGAAAGGAUAAAGAGGCGAUCUGGGGAGGAGAGAAACAAAGAAAAUCAAAGAGAGGGAGGAGAUUUUUUGCUGUACUGCUUUCACUCAGUAGUGUAGCCAAAUGAAGUUGAAUAUCUGGUUAUUGUUGUCCACCAUGGAGUCACCAUCAGCACCAGGAUGGGACAACAACAGGAAGCAGGAAAGCAGACAGGAAUGAAUGACAUGAGUCAUGAGACAUGGUCCUGUUCCACCACAUCUGCAUUUUGUGACAAUUGGGCAUGUUUAUGUUUAUUGUUGGGAGAAAGUGACAUGUAAUUGUGUGUUUAUCACUGAGCAGAUGUGUCUUGAGUGAAGCAAUUAUGCUCAAUGGUUUUCCGUGACAGAUGCUUUCAACAAGGCUCAAAAGGGAAAUCAAGCACUGAGCACAGACUGUGAAUGGACCAUGGUGUUUUGGGGUCAAAUGAGCACCACUCACUUUCCCACUCUGACUGUUCUCCUUCAUCAACAGGUCCACCCAGGUCUCCACAUACUGCCUCCAGAAACCAGCCUGCUGUGCAGAGGGCCACCAGGGUAGAUAGGACAGCUCACCCACUGAGCUUGACGAAUACAAGAACACACAGGAGAGCCCCACAGUCCUCCUCGGGGCCAAGACAACCUGAGAGAGCACCAGCAGAAGCUCCCCCUUUGGAAAGAAGACGCCAACGCUACACCAAGCCUCAGUCCGACCAGAGGAACCGAAACAAUCUCAAACUAAGUAAGGAGACACAUAUUUUACACUCAACAACCAAAACAAAGAGACAAAACUUUAAUUAAAUGCAAAAAUCUGUUGUUGAAAACACUGUCAGCUCUCAAUAUACAUUUUAAAGAUCCUUUUUUUGUGAUUUUUCCUUUUUCUUCUUAAAAUGUAAGUGUAAACCCUGGCCGUUCCUGGUAUCCCUUUCUAUUCAUAGCAUCUGAGUCCGUUCAUGUGGUGUCACUGCAGGCACAGAGAGCCCUGGGCCAGAGUGCACCCAUCAGCAGAGCAGUUAUAACCAAAACAACCACACCAGGUACCUGCAAGUGUAAAGAGAAUUACUGCAAGUCUCUACAGAAUUAAAGGUCUUAAAAAAGCUAAUCAUUGGAAAAUCAUGGAAGUUCAUUUUUGUUUAUCAUGUAAGCCAAAAUGAGAAACAAAGAAAUUAGAAGCAAUUAUGAGAUUUUUUUUUUUGCUCCUUUUGUCUCUUUGUGUGUUUGUGUGUUAUCCAGAGCCACCAGAGUAUGAGGCCCGGGACAUCAGUGUCAGGGUUAUGUCCCCACAGUCAGUUCUCAUCUCCUGGGUCGACCCCGCUGUUGAGAUGGGCAAAGUUGAACCUGGGUCAUCAAGGUGGGAAUUUUUAAAAAGAGAGAUUAAAACUAACACAGUCCCUCUCAGCUGAAAUCAGAUAUUCAUAUUUACUUUUUGCUCAGAUCCUACACAGUUAGAUACAGGGAAAAAGGUGAAUCAGCACGCUGGGAGUACAAAGACAACACCCAGAGGAGGAUGAUGAUUGACACCCUGACUGCUGACAGCAUGUAUGAGUUCUCAGUCAGAAUCUCUCAGGGAGGAAAUGAUGGGAAAUGGAGCGUCUCAGUUUUCCAGAGGACCCCAGAGUCAGGUAUGUAUACUUUCUGCCUGCUUGAGGAGUUAAAAUUUGUAUGUAGCAAUGCAGCUUAAAGAAGAGUGAUGAAUGGUGAUUACUCCUUCAUGGGAACAGCUUCAGAGGGCCAAGCCUGUAUUUUUACUGAAGAUAUAAAUGACAAUGUAUUCAUGAGGAAAUGAUUUCAAUCUUACAUAAUCGUGUCUGUUGGCUAUGAGUAACAUUUCCUCAUACUACACUUCAUCAUAUUCACUACCUAUUACUCCCAAUUGAUAUUUGAUUUGAGUUUUGGCUGCCGCCCUGUCAUGAUAUCAGUUUUUACACCAUGUCAUAGCAGCCCCAGAGCUGCGGUUCAUUGGAAUGUCAGUAUUUACUGCCUGGCUCACAGCUUACAUUUCCAUCCGCACUUUCAUACAUGAUCUCCGGGGCAGGUUCCUGACAAUGUAUGGCAGCAUUACUUCCCUUGUUUGAAGCGUCCUGGCACCCACAUCCCCCUUGUUUUUACAAGCUUUAAGGAGAAAUUUCCUCACCCUGUUCUCUCUAUACUGCUUCUGGUUUCUGCCCUGCUGCUCCUCCUUUCACUCCCUUUUCCUUUACUCAUGUGCUCUUUCUUUCUAGCUCCGUCUGGACCACCAGAGGAUUUUGAUGUCAAACCACUGCGAGGGAAAGGAACUGCUGUAAAAGCAACAUGGGAGCCACCUGAAGAACCCAAUGGGAGGAUAAGAGGUCAGGUCAAGGUUGAAAGAAUGAACAUAUGAGUAGAAAAAAAAAACUUAUUCUCAAUGAUAUGAUUUGUUUAUUUUAUUAACAACAGUUUCCUUUAUGAGUGUUUCGUAGUCAGCUUGAAUAUUGGAUUUGUGGAUUAAGGUCAGCACUCUCACGUGACUGAUACACAUGUUAUCACCCAAGAACCAGAAACAUUUUCCUUGGUACUGGCAUGGGAUUCUGCCAGGGUACUUGUCAUGUUUGCUUUGGUGUUUUUGUGCCUCUGUAAUUGUCUGCAAUGGUGCAGAUCGGUGCACUGGACCAGAGAUAGAAUAAUAGCGAGACAAACAUGGUAAGCACCCCAGAAGAAACCCCAUACCAGUACCAGGUAAAAUGUUUCUGGUGAGGAACUGUAAAUAUUAUCUCAAAGUUGUGACUCUCAUUGAUGGCGCUUCUGUUGGGUCUUCUUGUUGGGUCAUGAACUGUUGGUAAAAAUUCUUUUAUGAGGGCCAGUGUUAAAGCAAGCCUGUUUUCGUGAUUACUCCAAUUUUUUGAGCAGAUCAUGAAGAAGAAGUUGGCAAAAACAGUUGCCUUAUUGGUCCUCCAACGCUGGUGUACAAGAUAUGCAUUUGUGUUGUGAUGGGCUCUGCAACCAAUAACAGAGCAGUUGGCAUGCCUGGCUUUAGCCUUUGACUUCUUGUCCCGGCAACACUGAAACAAAACCCCAUUAGCAAAGGGAGAAGGGACAUUAUUCAAGGAGUAAGAGUAGUUUGCAUGCAUGCCUACACAAAACUGUUCCGUCUUUGCAUCACAACAGGGGCCAAGUCUAAUGACCUUGUUGAAGCUUUGUUUUCCUUGUAGGUGUGCUGCAAUAACAAUGCAGAGGCCUCUUCCUUAAUGCUUCCACAAUAUCAGGAAUGCUCGGCUAGAGGAUGAACAGAAUGUCGGAACAAUGUGUUUUUUAUUUUAUGGGAUCUGCAAAGACUGAUUGGUCUACAGGGCAUGCCAGAUCUAACCUUGAGUUGUACUGUCUUUAAACCCCCCUGAGCCUCUGUAAUCAGUUUAUCAACUCUGAACCCAUUUUGACAGCUGACAGUUGUCUAUAUCCUUACCUCCACACAGAGUACAUCCUGUCCUAUGCUCCUGCUAUGAAACCAUUUGGAAUGAAAAGCUUGACAUAUCGGGGAAGCAUCACCUCAGCCACCAUAGAGGGCCUCACACCAGGAGACCGGUACAUCUUCAAGAUUAGAGCCACCAACAGGAGAGGACAGGGACCACAAAGCAAGGCUUUUAGUGUUGUCAUGCCAGGAUGUAAGACCGUUUAGCCAUCUUUAGUAGUAGUUUGCAUGUAUCCUUGUAAAUUUGAUGAAUCUUUCAUUCAUGGCAAUUUUUUGUCUACUGCCAGCCAACAGUGCUGCAACAUCAUCAUCAAAACCCAAGGACAGCAGCAGGACUCGCCACACUCCCUCCAGGCAAGAUACUGACCAUGAGGAAUUGGACCUUCAGCCAACUGAGGUCCCAGAGGAACCAACUACAACAACUCCCCAGCCACGCCCAGCUGCACCUGCCAGUAGACGUGUUAGGCCACUUUCUCAAUCACGCUCAUAUCACAGCAUCUUCUCCUCUGUAAGGGGAUCAGGCAGAAACCCAGUAAACAGAGGGUCAUCUCGAGGAAGAGUGCAAGACAGGGAAGAAAAGGAAGAAGAAGAAGAGAAAAUACCUACAACACCACCUCCAGUAGAAAAGACAACAACAAUGGAGGUGGUACCAGAGACAAAAGAACCGGAUAAUGAUGUUUCUCCUGAAUCUGAGGAUGAAGUUGGAUACGAUAUAGAGCCCCAGACCACUGAGACCCCUAGUCUCAAAGUUUUUGAGCCUUCCCCAACUAAACCUGUAUCUGCUCAUCCCAAACCACCGAGACGUCCCAUCAAGAUCAGAGUCCAUCAAAAACCUGGAUCCAAAACUCAUUCAUCCUCCUCAUCCACCUCUUCAUCUUCUUCGUCUUCAUUGUCCUCUUCUGGCUCCGCUUCUGCAGGUUCCUCUUCUCAAUCUUUGUCCCCUACUUCCUCCUCUUCUUCAUCAUCCUCAUCAUCCUCCUAUUCACUUUCCCCCACCUCUGGUAUACAGGAGUCAGAAGCCAGUAGAAAGGACUUAGAGACUCCCACGUACUCUGAGGGCAAGAAUACCUAUCAUACACCAAGCAUAACUCAAACAAAACCCUCCACCCCUGUCAUAAAAGAGACUAAUCCACAGCAGACAGAGUCUACAUCUGUUGGUAGAGGUUCAGCGCCAACAGGGCGUGCCAGUGGGUCUGGAUUUGGCUCCAGAUAUGGGUACAGUCGAAGACAUCCAGGUAUUUUGUUUAGAGGGAAUUCAACAAGAUUGCUGAAUGGUUACAAACCUGCAGUCACCUCACAGUCCAAUUUACCAAACAGAACUCCAAACCAAGCAACUCCAAACACACGUGAUUCAGCAGUAUCACAGUCCACUACACCAGAGAGGACUCAAAACCACCAAACAUCACAAACUCACAAUUCCGCAACAUCUAGGUCCCCCACAGGAAGUGGCAGCCAGAACCAGGUCACAUCAGAUACAUAUAAUACACAAGGUUCUUCACAUACAACCUCACACAGCACACAGGGUUCCCACUCAUUACCAGAGCAAGACACGCAGAUCAGAGAAGGUGAUGAUGACAGUACCUCUAAAAAUGCAGAUACCAGUUCACAAUUAACUAAAGUUAAGGGGCCUACCUCAAGUUCCAGACCACAACCAACGGAGGAGGAGCAAAGGGAAGCAGGUGGAGAGGAAGGCAGCAGUAAUGAAAAAUCUGUGGUUCCUCCUCGUACCAGAGUUAGCCCCUCAUUUGCUGAGAGAUUCCCUUGGCUAGCCACUCGUUAUCCAGGCAGGUUUGGUACAGGGACAAGAGUGUCAUCAUCCAGGCACGAUAGUAGGAGCUCCUUAACCAGGACUACCUCUGCUAUUGGGGUUGGCAGACCUACCAGAGUUUCAGGGGCCACCGGUGCUGCAGGAGUGCCAACUAUACAGGAGACGAGUGAAGAUCUAAGGACUUCUUCUACUCAUGACUCCCUCAAGAAUGGGGAUGGAGAGGGUCCUGUUAAACCAUCUCUGACAAAUCAAAAUACAGCAUCUAGGAGUAAUGGAAACCCAACUACCUCAUCAUCUUCUUCCCCAUUGAAUCCAGAUCCCCGCCAUUCCUUGAAUGGACACAGAGACUCAAGUGAGCCCAUUCAUCAAGAAACCACAGAAAACGAUAAUAACAAUCACGAUAUGGCUUAUCUAAAUGAGGGGAGUAGACGAAACAGUGAUAAAACUGAUCAAUCAGCAGAUACCACAGCAGCCCAAAAGAAUCCUGUUUUAACUUCAGCAGACCCUCAUAGGACUGUUGAGGACAAUGAGAGUGCAGGUACAAGGGAAACUUCCUCUGGAACAAGACCUGGCUUAACAUCUGGAGGAACUCAAACUAAUCGUCGCACUGCUGUUGGGUCAAAUGGGAGGGGACGCUCUCCUUUUUUUACCAGCAGGCAGUCUGGUGGAUCAAGGCUUCCUGUCAGACCGCAGCCAGCCCAGAACUCAAGGGUGGGCUCUUCAAUGACAGAUUCCACAUCAUCGUCGUCAUUAUCAUCAUCUGGCUCUGUUGCAUCCUCAAAUGUGCCACAGCCAGUCCUGACUUCAGAUCGGGACAGAAGCACUGGAAUGACUGCAACACGAACAGGGGGAUCGAUUGGGAGCAGCGCUCAGUCCACAUCUUCCUCCUCUGCAUCUUCAUCGUCAUCAUCAAGAGACAGCUUUAGGGGCCUGGGGGGUAGGACUCGGUAUCCAAUCACCAGAGGGAAACCAACUAAUGGUGGAACUUUCAAGCCUGCCAAUGGAAAUGGUAGGGUACAUUGGUUAACUGCAUUUAACUGAAAGGUAUUGCUAAUUUCAGCAAUUAUUUCUCCAAAGAGGAGGAUUGUUGCACUGUAUUUAUGUAUGUUACUGCAUUUAGUUUCCUUGUUUAACUGAACCACUCUGCUUAUAAUGUCUAAAUGACAGGUAAAAAUGGACGACCUAACCUGACAGCAGCAAAUGAUAAAGAGUCUUCACCUUCUCAGGGAACCAGUAAGGCUGUUGGUCAAAGAUUCAUCACUGGACCUGAUGGAAGCAAAUGGGUAACUACAGUCAAUGAACUGAUUGUAACCAGUGUUGUAACGUCCCAAGGUGUAGCUAGUCUUCAGGCUGCAUACAUUUUUUAGCACCUGUUUGGAACAUAGGUCUAUCUAACAUUUCACUUUGAUCGCUACCAUGCCAGCUUAGCUAAGCCUCAAGGUGCUUCAACUAGUCUGCCAAUGAAUCACACCCUGCUUGUGGUUAAUGCACCUUACUUCGGUGAUAGCUUGUUUUAUAGUUAGUGAUAUUAGAGCCCACCCACUUCAAGGGAAUUUUUGAUUGGUUAAUCUGACUUUCUUUUGAACUACUGCUGGAAGACCCUCAGUUUUAUUGCCGGACCACUAAUCACAGAGCUGGAACUGAUGUGUUUUCUUCCAGCAAAAGUACAAAUGGAAAGUUCUGGCAGGCUAACAAGCCAAUGUCUUUCAUAUGACCCUUCAUAUUCCAACAGAGACUAAAAAAGUGUUUAUUUUUCCCAAAAUGACGAUUUGAUCAUUGACUUUUUUUUUUUUCAAAAUAGGACUUAAGAGGCUGUCACCUGGGGCCUAAGAUCAGUUCUGUACAGACAUAAGAGCGACAUUAAUCCAAUAGUCUGAGAUUCAAGAAAUGCUGAAGGUCUCUAUUAAGAAUUAAUUUGAACAGUUUGACUGAUUCUGUAUGGGUGAAUAAAAUUGACCUCACUGAAUGAAUGUAGGAAAAUGGAUUUCUGUUUUUAACCUGGCGGAUUUAUUUUUCCCUCAGGUUGUGGACUUGGAGCAGGGGAUUCUUAUGAAUCAGGAUGGACAAGUUCUUCAGGACUCCAAUGGCAAACCCAAGAGAGUUGUGCUUGGAGAGGAUGGACGCACAAUAUUUGGUGAUAUAUUCAAAGAUGUUUGUAAAAUCAGCUACUUUAAUCAUGAUCAUUUUCUGUCAUUUUAUUCUGUUUACCUUCUUCUGUUUUUUUAAUCCCACCAUCAGACCUUAUGGGCAGUCCUCUGGUGAACCAAGAAGGUAUGGCUCUGUUUGGUCAUGGCAGAGAUAGUCGGCCUGUGGUCAACCCCAAAGACAAAGUCCUCAUGGUAGGAGGGAAACCAGUGGUUGGUUUGGACCUUCCUCACCACAGGACCACCACUACCACUACCACUACCACCACCACAACCACAACCACCUUGGCUCCAACCACCACACCUGAGCCCACCACUACUGAGUGGAUUAUAGAGGAGUCCACAACUGAACCACCAUUCCCAACUUGUCCACCUAAAACCUACUCAAAAAAAGACGAAUAUGGGUAUCCACUGCUUGACCCAGAGGGGAUAUUGGACUGUUAUCCAGAAGGUGAGUCACUACAGGGGAACAGCUCUUAAAAUUCACCUCGACAGGCUGGAACAACAUUUUGCAAGAGUGAUUUGAAGACAAAUGUAGUGAACCAGGAAUGAAACAAAACACUGCUUAGCCCCAGCAUGCAAUAUUCAAAGUGAGUAGCCGAUCCAAAGCACUAAAGUUAGGCUCAUUUGAAUGUUUUGGAGCCAGAAUAAUGACCACAAAGAAGUAUGACUUCAUGAAAUCUAACACUUGUAUUGUUCAUCAUAGCCAUUUCGGCCAAAAUCCUGAAUGUUCCCUGACUGUACCCACAGAUCCUAUAACUCUGUAUGUCAGGACUGUGCGAUCUGAUCUCUGUUUGUGUGUAUGACUGAGAGACCACAGGAGAUCUCAACGUUUAGCCUAUGGUCAAAAUACUUAAAGUUAUUUGGCAGGGACUAAAAGUUGAACACAUUUAUCAGCACUAGCAUUCGGGUUUUAUUUCUGAACACAAGGCAUGAAAUCGGAAAAGAAUAAUACCAAACCACAUGUGUCAGAUUCUCCUUAUGUCAGGCUGAUAACCUUGUGGCUUGCUAUACAUAUAUUGGGCAUCCCUACUUGUUAGUCAAGGUUUCAAAUUAAUAGUCCAGUAGCAAUGCUUCAACAAACCUUUACAAGUUUAGGGUUUUAGCAUAAAGGGAAUAUAACUACAUAUUUCCCUUUUACUAUGGGAGCUAUAAGAAAAGUGAUUCUGUGACAUAUCUUUGCUGAUGUCUCAGAGUCUCAUUACAUCUGUUUGUGCUAAACAAUACAUCAUGUGUUUAAAUGAAUUUGUCUUUAUGGAUGGGUGUACAUGCCUCAGAGUCUAUGCGAGUUCAGAAAUGUGAGAUAGAAAUGAGACUGAUGCUACAGCUUGUUCUGCUUCUCUGACAGAGGAAUCCUCAGGAAUGGAAAUGGACCACAUGGUUACAGUGACCAUGGUGCCUGAUGCUUUAGCUCUUGAGAAAGGUAUUGGCUGAGUUUGGCUUCAAAUCAACCAACCACCACCAGGCUGGGACAGACGAGACUGCGCUGCAUGCUGGUGUUUGUUGUGUGUGUGUGUACUGAGCUGUUGUUUAUUGACUGUCUGUUUAUCUGUGGGUAAAUGUGUUUGCUUUCUUUUCUGGUCUUUUCUGGUGGUCUUUGCUUUGCUACUCUGCUUGUGAGUUUGUUUGAGUUGGUAUUGGUUCAUUGCUGUGUUUUUUGGAUAUUUUCCAUGAUGGGCUGUUUUUAAUCCCUUUUAUUCCAAAAUAUUUUCACCAUGGUGCAUGUGAACUGCAUUACUAAGCUGAAGAGAAUGCUGUGAGUUAUGAUUUAUUCCUCUGUGUUUGCUGUUCUUAUCAUUGCUUUUCAAAGUAAUAAAAGAGCCGCAGAUUCAGGCAAACACUAGCUUAAUGCAAAACUGCAUAUUUGCCUGAUGUAAGACUUUGAUAUGCCACCAAACUACUGUAAAUGGAUCUCUGAAGGAAUCUGUUGCAUGUGAGCAGCAUUUUAAGUUCUUCUUUGUUCUGGUUUCUCUCCAUAAAAGACACAUUAAGCAUUAAAAUGUCUCCUUAGCAUUUCCCUGCCAUGGCUCAAAGCUGGUUGCAUGUGUGUGAACCAUGAUGUAAUGCCUAGGUUCACUGAUGCAGCACAGGGAAAAAAAUGUGAUGAAAGACAAUGGAGGGUGAAGCUAAUUGAAUUUCACCCACUGAAUCUCUUCAGAUUUUUCGACCUCGGAGACUUGUGAGACAGUCAACGUCCUGGAGUCCCCCCUCCCUUAUGGAAAAUAAAAAAUAUGGUUAGCAAAACUUAGCGUAAGAAUGCAGCUUUGGGUGUUCAGGGAAGCACAAAUGGGGUGGCCUUAAAGUAAGCUCACACAUCUACCGGGAUGUGAACCAAUUUGGCACCUGAUCCUGCUGCCACUUAGAAAGAAGUAAUGAAACACUGCGGCCUGUGGGAAAUUUAUGAAAGUGAAUCAUGAAAUCCUUGCUGAUUAAAAAGCUCACUGACACGUGUGUUGUUGCCAGAUGAGCUAUUUGUCCAGACCACGCUGCCAACAACUACCACCACGACAACCACCACCACCACAGAGAAACUCCCAGAGCCAGACACCCGACCCAAGAACCAAGGCCCUUCAUCAGAGUUUGACCUCAGCGGGAAGAAGCGUUUCACAGGUAGGCAAAGACAAAAAUAAGCAUGUGUCUAUCAACAUGUGCACAUCACUCCUGGCAAAAUGUGCUCCUCUCUGUCUUUGUUCAGUGUUAUGUAAUCUCUCACAUAGCUCAGCCUUGAGUUCAUUUUGCAGUUGCAGUAAACUUGCUUGGUGGAUUGGUAGUUAAAAAAAAGACCAUUUGUAUCAGUCAUACAGAUAAAUAAUAAAGCUGUGUUUACAGCUGCACAAAAUUCCUGACAACUCCCUAAGAUUUUUAUACGGGAAUACAAACAGCCAAAAUUUUCACCAUGGUUUUAUCUGGAGUUUUUCCUGGCAGCACCCUAGUGAAUUUCCAAAAGAAGUCAGUCUGUGCCAGCUGGAUUAAUUACAGAAAAUUCACCACAAGUGAGCCUGCAGGUGGGGACAAUGACAUUUAUUUUGUGCAAGUAAAUUGAAAGCAUGACACAUAACAGGAUGAAUAAAAACAGCUGAGGCCGAAGAAGGCGAGUCAGUCUUUAGAUGAGAACAGCCUUUGGAUAUGUCAAGCUACAUGUGACAUUGAUAUGGGUGUAAAAUUACCAUCAUAGAACUGGACUAUGAUGCUGCGUCUGCCAUCAUAUUGUGGACAAUUCUUUGUGGCUUUUGUGGCAUGCUUUUGAUGUCAUGUCCUGUAAUUUGUGUAAUUUGUAAUUUGUGAAGACUUCAUGUUGUGAGACAUGUAAACAAGCAUUUUUGGAAAAUGUCAGUAGAGAGCAUGUGUGAAAGAGGCCUAAACUAUACCUUUGUCUAAUGAUUUUCAAACGACUAAUUUUCCUCAUGAGUAGCAACAUAUUUCCCUUACUGAUAGUUUUCUUCUUUAGAGUUAGAUUUUGGGUUUGUAUCUGUAGAUCACUUUAAUAUCAGAACUGAUAUGACAUUACUUUUAUGCAUGGAUGUUUUUUUUUUUCUCUUUCCAGUGCAACAUUGUUAUUGGUUUCUGUGAGCUCAGUUUAGUGGACAUGCAUGAAAACCACACAUAUUUCCUCACCCAAACUCAUAAUACCGGCACAUGAAUCUCCUGGAGUCAUGUUUUUAAGCGUCUCUGUUCUUGAGUGUGUGUCUGCAUGUGUGUGGUGGAGGUCUCUUGGUGCAGUAAAUAAUGACAGGCUGAUGGGAGUUGUGUUUUGGUUCAUGGAGGGGUAAUAAAACUGGACCUCUAUCUUGGCUUGGCUGUGUCAGCAGUUCCUCAUAGAUAUAUGACCCUUUCAGACAUUACAUGAACUAUUGGCAAAAAGAAGAAAAAUUCUUUCAUUUUUUUCAAUGAAUGUUAUAUUUUUUAUGCAUCUGUGUCACCAUACAGGCACUUUUGCAGCUACACACAAUCUGCAUGUGCUAUAACAAGCACUUCAUAGACUCUUAAAAUACAUGUAUGCAUGCACUUUUUAUGGAUGUAUAAAUCUCUUUGUGGAUAGUUUGAAUCUUAAGUAGCUCAUUUAAUUGGUUUCUUCUAGCCAUAUUUCCAUCAUAACAUCAAAGUUCAAGGAGGACGUAAUGUUCAUAGUCUCCUGACUUGAUCCCAGUAAACUCCAGCCCCCUGCUGCAGUUUUACUGUUCUUACGUGCUUACUUUGGCCUCUCAUAGCCCAUCGCCUCAUCCUGGUUGCACAAACAGACUGCAGAAUUCUCCAAAAAGAAAUAAAAAACAGCAUCUUCUUGACUCUAACCUUCUGAAAAAUUACAUAAUCUCAGAGACCUUUUCAGAACUGCUCUGUUUACUGGCUGGACUAUUUUGUCUUUGUAGAUUGCCGGCCUUCAAAAUACUAUCUGUGAAGAUGCUUUUACCACAAACUUUAACAAGGGGUAAUACUUUAGAACCUGGAAUUAGAGUUUUUUUCAUUGUUCAAACAAAGGCUUGCUACUCACUCAAAAAGCGAGAUAUCUACAAAUAACAGAGUGGUUAUGAAUUAUGCACAUACACUCUUGAGACAACAAACCACAAAAUGCAGUUAGCCUCUUCAUUACUGGAAAAGCUGCAGUGCAUUUUUCCGCUCAUACCAGGGCCGUAUGGAUGAGGGUGUAUGGAUUGUGAAAUAGUACCAUGAUGUUCCUCAAAUUUUUAUGUCUUACAUUUGUUGCUUGUGCGGUACUUGAGCAGUUGGAUAGUGGACAGUAGACAUUGUCUGUGGUUUCUUAGGCUAUGUAUUUCUCUGUAUGUAGAUUGUUGUAACUUUGAUGUAUUUUUGUCAAUUGUUGUUAUUUUGAGAGUGGUUGAGCAUUGGCAGCGCUAAAGUACAAAAAGAGAUCUAUUGCCAUUUUAUAUCAGAUCAGAUCAUAUUGUAUGACUGUAUUGCCCUCUAUUGAAUCAUAUUGUAUCAUAAUGUAUCAAAUUUUGUUUACCCUGUAGCUUGCCAACUAAUUUGCCAUCUCAUUCAUCUUGUCUCGUAUCUUAUCACAUCUGAUCUUGUCAACUCAUAUCUUGUCAUAUUGUGUGCAUCAUAUUAUAUCAUAUCUUGUAGUUUCGUAUCCUAUCAUAUAGUAUGGUAUUGUAUGGUAUUGUAUCGUAUUAUAUCGUAUUGUAUCAUAUUUUAUGGUACUGUAUGGUAUGGUAUUGUUUCGUAUGGUACUGUAUGGUAUGGUAUGGUAUGGUAUGGUAUGGUAUCAAAUUGUCAAUGUAAAUUUAGCAAUAAACGUAACUUUCUUAUAUUUCUGAUAUGCUGUAGGGGCUGUCACCUGGAAAACUGAAACUGAAUAAGUUAAAUCAACUGAUUAAAGAAUACAUCAGUAGCACAGAACAUUAUUUAUGAGUCAGACUUCAAUGACAACAAGAGACUUGCAGAGGGGAAGUUUUUAACACAAUAGAUGAGAAGCUCAAUAAACUUUAUGCUCUUUUGUCUUAUGUAUGGAUCAAGUUCAAAACACUGGAUGAUUCACUUCCCAUUAUGUAACUCAAGCCAAGAAACGUGACUGGUGACCCAUGACUAAUCUAACAAGCAUAUCAACAAAAACAGUAAAUUAAUUAGAAAAAGCUGCUGAAGCACCCUUAAAGUGAUGAACAGAUUCUGGUCUGUCAUAAAAAGGCGUUUUAUGAGUGUGAGUCUGUUUCUUGUCUAAAGAUGUGGACUGAACAGUGAUUUAAUGCUUCUCUGUCGUGUGCAGGCAAAAUAAACUGAAGUUGUCACUGUCAUUUCUAUUGAUUGUUAUGAGGAACUUUUAAAAGGCCAGAUUUAUUGCCUUGCAUUUUUCAUUGCAGUGUCAUAACUAUUGAUAAUGUCAGCUGCAGAAACAAAAGGACACCAUGUAUCUUUGUAAACAAUAACUACCUUGUGAUCACACGCCUCUCAUCUGAAAGUUAUUAUCCUCCCCGGGACAUAAACAGGCGAGAGCACGAAAGCAGUGGAAAUCAUAGAAGUUAGGGGUGCUGACUUCAGCAUGGAAAGCAGGCUGUUCUGGCCUGAUGCAGACAUCCUCUUUCCUAUUUAUUACUUUCAUAUAUUUUAGAUCCACCUCAACUGUCAGCCAGUCAACUGCCAUGCUUUGCAUGAACUGUCUGACAAAGACUUCCUCUCCGUCUACUUCUCUGACGAUGGUUUUGUUUGAAUGAAUCCCAUCAAAGCAGAUGUGGGACAUGAAGUAUUAACUAAUAAUCUUUAGCAGUUGCUUGAAUCUGCUUUACAGUACAUUACAGAUGGAUGGAGUUUGCCACAUUAGAUUAGAAAAUGAGUACCAGGAUGUUUGGACUAUUAGGAUGCUAAUUUAUGCCUCACUAGACUGAUGUAACAGCUGACAUUAUGAGAACUGUCCCGAUCCUGUGUCCCAAUGAGACUUGAUCCUUGUCGGCUCACACAUGCCACGUUUUGUCAGUGUUUUUGAUUUGUUUUCUUCUUCUUUUUUUUUGAACAGGCAGAAGAAGUCUGUCUCUGUUGGGAGGUGCUUUCAAUGUUGAAAAAAUGUGCACAUGAAACAUCUGGAUCGCCUGUUUGCAUGAGCCUACACAGAUCCUGUACAUGUGACACGCAGCCUCACUAGACUCUGACACAUAAAUCUGAAAACCAUGCGACAGAUCAUGUAUUUGAGAGUACAAGUGUGUGAUGUAUAAGCCAUACACUUACAGUAGGAGCUUGUAGCAGCCUAAAGCCUCAUAGUCUGUGUGUCAAUGAGCAGACUCUGACACGUGUUAGACUCUUGGCCUGCGCAGAGAGCCAGUCAUCUGGGGAGGUGGGAGCCACUCCAGGCUCCAGUGGCUCCCUCCAAAUCACAGACAGACUAGGAAUUGUGGGAAAUCUGAAGUAUUCACAGCUGUAGGUCCAACUGGCAUUUCCAGAGUCACUGGAAACAAACAAAAAGAGAGGUGGAGAGAAAACAAGAGAAGAUAAGGGGUGUUUAAAGGAUUGACCAAGCAAGGGUAAUAAAUCUGCUAAAUGUGUGCAACAUACCUGUUUGUCCCUGUAGGAUCAGAAAUUUGUUGAUAAUGCAAAUUUAACAUCCAACCUUGGUCCUAAUUGCCUUUAACAAUAAAGUAUUUUGUUAGAGGAUUUUUAAUUGAUCUUUUCCCUCAAUUUGCCCUGCCUGCAGCUCCCUAUGUGAACUACAUCAGGAAGGACCCAGGUGCUCCUUGCUCCUUGACAGAGGCUCUGGAGUUCCUUCAGGUCGACGUCCUCGAAAGCCUGAUGAAGAACGACAGCCUGGCCGCCAACCAAAACCAGCCGCCCAAAAACAAGCCACAUAACCUCACUGUGGUGGCCAUGGAGGGCUGCCACUCGUUUAUUAUCUUGGACUGGGCCCGCCCACUUAAGGAUGACAUGGUGUCAGGUAAACAUCCCUCCUGCACGUCAAGAUGAUGUAUAUUUGACAAGUUUAGCAAAAAUAAGAAGUGUACAAAGGCUGUAGUGAUUAGACCCCACUGUAAUUUCCUUGAGUAUUCAAAGGGGUAGUUACGGCAGAGAGCAUUGAGUCUAGACCCUGGUUGAGAUGGUUAGGAAAGGUUGUGGAGCUGGAGCUGACUGGGGUAGAGGAGGUUUACAAGGACUGAGCCAAAAACUAUGACUGAAAAUGAAAACAAAGGAGAACAGAUUUCAGAUUUCAGAUUUCAGAUUUCAGCAGCAAAGGAUGAUUAAUCAAGAGAGUUUGAGACUAAAUCUGCAUUGGUUUUGCCCUUAAAAGAAUUCACACCCAUGAUUAGCUGAUCACCAAGACAGGAAGACGCAUGAGGGAAGGGAGAUUGAUUGAGGGAUUGAAGUGAAUGGAUGACGACUUAAAGACCCACUCUGAUGAAAAUCAUGGUUUUCUUGUUGUCUACAUGUUCAUAUGGCAUUUUUCUAAUGCUACAGGACAUAUCAUGAGAAAAGUAUAUGCUAAAUGGCAUUUCUGAUUAUUUCUUCAUUUGAAUCGCUGUUGAUUUCUGGCAGACCCAAAUGGCAGGUUCAGACCAUAGACUGUAUAUAUUAUGGACAACUUGGUUCCGCCUUCUGCCAGUAUACAGAUUUGAAGCUGAAAAACUCUCGGUAAUUCCGCGUUUUUUCUCAACUUCCUGAAACCAACAUUGUGCAGUAGCAUUGUACGCAUUCAGCGGGAGAGACACAGAGAGUCGAGGUGAUGACACUCGGCUUAAACAGCGUAUUCCUCGGGUGAGCCAUGCAAUCUUCGUACGCCCAUAGGCUGUAAGUGUCAAUCAUAGAAAACAUGAACCCCCUAAUAACUUUUAAAAAUGAAGCUGUACAGAAAAAAGAGGACUUGAGCACAAACCAGUCUUACAUUAACUACAUGUCAACAUGUCAUUGCAAGCAGGGGGGAAAAAAAUUAUAUUUUGUGUAAUAGAUUUCUAAAGUUUGUCCACAGCUCCAUUAUAAUGGCUGGCGGAGGCAGGAUUUAUGACCUAUACUGCAGCUUGUCACCAGAGUGUGCUAUUCUCGGGGUGGCUUCACCCAGCAAGGAGGCAGACGUUGAUAUAGUCUAUGGUUUAGACACAGUAGGACUUCCUACUUAGCAAAUCUAAGCUCCGCCCUGGAGCCCCACUAUGCAAGCCAGAUUUGGAGAAGUAGAGAGGACAAUCGGGGAACAAGCGUGUAUUAGCGGAUUACAAUGCUUGUAAGAAAGCUAAUUAUGAUAUUAACUUUCAUCGUGAGUGUCCAAGAACUAAAUAGCUCCUUUGUUACCUGCCACUUCUACUACACCGGCAAUGUUAGGCUGCAAGCUAGCAUGAAGAGUGGUGUGCAGAGCAGCGCUGUCUCCGCCCAUGACUCAGAGGUGAUUUGCUAAUAAGCUACUGAAGCUCUGCAGGAGAAAAGCCCUUGAAAAUGACAUUCUCUACAGAUUCAAAAGGGUUCAACAUUUUAACAUAAAUUCGACUCUGGUGAGGAAAACAGCCAAUCACAGUUUAGGGUGUGGAGAUUUUAAAUACUACACUGUAUCAGGUUAUCUUAUUUCUAAAUAGCCAAUCAUAGUUUGGGGUUUUGGCCAAUGCCACUCUUUGAUUAAACCACCCAGUACUUCUCUGGAAUAAAAAUAAAGAAAACUUUACUUUUUAAUAACAGUCUUUGUGCAGAGUAGUUGCUAUUGUCCUUAAAUAAACUACAUUCCCACUUCAGACAAAUUUAUGAGGGAAAACAGAAAGCUAAACCACACAAGAUACAGUAUAUUGUAGCUCUGUUUCUUCUCUGUUUAGGUUAAUGAUUUAACAUGCUACUAGCAUCCCAACAUGACUGAGAUUUUUAGAGCUCACUCAGGCUGUUUGGUGUCAAUAAAUCACUAUUAGACCCAGACUGCAUUGAAAACACUGAACGUCUCCUCAGCUCAGAUGUAGAUUCCUGUUACCUGGAAAGUGACUCUGGGGAUUAAAGCUGACAGAGCGGAGACUGACACUGACAGCAUACUGUACGAGACAUAUUAGACAGGCUUGGGUUUUCUUUGGCAGGAAAACAUAGCUCCUGGUCAUGCUGUGGGCUUGUGUGUCCUCUGAUGUGUAAAACAGAAAGUUGGUCUCUUUGUCUCCCUAAGUGGAGUUCCCUUAAACACAUACUGGAAUUUAGUAAUUUUGCUCUAUUUCUUUGUUUUCUCCUAUUUGAAGUCAUUUUUCUAUGUCCUUGUUUAUCUUGGAUUGCAUGCAGCAUUCCAGAUACUAUUUUAUUACAUGUGCUCUAGUGUACUUAAAGAGUUCCUGUGCUGUAAUAUAAUGACAGUAAAGAUAUGUUGGCCAAAAAUCUGAACCUUAUCUGUGAAUUUUCCAUAUAAACUGUGGAUGGAAGUCUUGCAAAGGCAUCUCGAUAUGUGAAGCAGACAUGGUCAGAUUGUCUCACACAUGCAGAUACAAUCACAAGGCGCUGUUUUAGUUAUCAGAGCAUGUUUGCACAACCUCUUCUUACGAGUUAUGGGUCACGGCUUUCAAAACAAGUGGAUGGAAACAGCUGGUAUCACACCAACUCCAGAGAUGAGUGACAUCGGUAUGAGUUUUUGGGAGAACUCUGGUUCUUUGUACUUUGAUGCAUUGAGGAUCUUUUGCUUAAAGGAUUUGAGCAAUAAAGACGCCUCAUUCUCUUAGUUUGAGAAGCUGUGCAUUGAGCAACUCUAAGAGAAACAUUUUGGAUUAAACCCAAAAAGAAGUCGUGCACAGAAGCAGAUGGGAAAGACGGGAAUCUAAAUACUACUGUGUAAAAAUUUUGUUGAAAAUUUUAGAAUGGAGAAGGAAUAAAAAACCAGAAGAAGGAAAAUAAAGUAUCUAGUAUUUCCUCUCUUCUGUCAGCAGCCAGCUGUGUUGGUGAGGCUCCAGUCAAAAUAGAAACCCUAAACUCUAAAGUCCAAUAGAAACAGUUUGUAGUUUGAUGUGCUGCAGAGCUGGUCUCUAUAGGUUUAGGAGAAUCAUGGAGAGCCGCGUGACCUGGAGAUGCUUACAAGAGUCUUAGGAUAAGUCUCUUUGACAGGAAGAGGAAGAAACAGACUGGGAAGUAUGAAGAAGAACAGUCAGCAUGGAUAAUAGUUUGUUUUUUAAACGUGACACGAGAUGAAGGAUUUCAAAAUCAAAUGUUAACAAGAAAGUUUCACAGUCUGUGUCGAAGUACGAGUAGCUGGGUUUGCUGUCUUUGGACAGAGCUAAGCUAGCUGUUAAACUAAACUCUGAUUCCAUGGUUUGUAUUGUAACUUAUCUGAGACAGUGUGGUGGAGAUUUUCUUCUCAUCAAACUUUUGGCAAAAGCGUGAUGAGAUUCCUUUAGAGCAGAGGAGUGCUGGGUGGUUUGGGCCAGAAUCCCAAACUAUGAUUGGCUAUUUAGAAAUAAGAUAACCUGAUACAGUGUGAUGUUUAAAAUCUCCACACCCUAAACUGUGAUUGGCUGUUUUCUUCACCAGAGUCAGAAUUCAUGUUAAAAUGUUGAACCCUUUAAAGUCUGUAGAGAAUGAAGCCUGGACGCUUUAAAUGUUGCCACUCUGUUGUAUUUCUCCCCAAAGUCCCUCUCAGAUUGUUUUAUUUUUUUUUUACUACUUAAAGUGUUCUCAAUGGUCUUUAAAUUGUGAUUAUAAAGUUUUUGGCCCAAAUCACUUUACCCGUGUCAUUUUCAAGGGCUUUUCUUCUGCAGAGCUCCAGUAGCUCAUUAGCAAUUCGCCUCUAAGUCGUGGGCGGAGACAGCACUGCUCUGCACACCACUCUUCAUGCUAGCUUGUAGCCUAACAUUGCUGGUGUAGUAGAAGAAUCAGCUAAGAUAGGGGCUAUUCAGCUCUCGGACACUUGUGUCUUUGGGGACAUGGUGAAAGUUAAUAUCAUAAUCAGCUUUCUUAUGAGCAUUUCUAUCUGCUAAGACACACGUUUGUUCCGCGAUCAUUCUCUCUACUUAUCCAAGUCCGGCCUGCAGAGCUGGGGUAGCGGGGCUUGCAUUUGUGACGUGGGAAGUCUCACUGUGUCUGAACCUGUGGUUUGGGUCAACAAGAGGUUCACAGUGAUUCAAAUGCAGAAAUACUGAGAAAUGCAAUUUCACACUUAUUUUUCUUAUGAUCCUGUAGCAUCAGAAAAAUGCCACAUGAACAUGAAGACAACAAGAAAAUCAUGAUUUUCAUCAGAAUAGGUCUUUAAAUGAAAAAAUCAAAGAAUUUAUACCCAAGUAAGUAUUUGAAGUAAAGAAGCAACCUGCAACCUCAUGUUUUUAAAUAUGAAGUCCACAAGUAGGGAUACAAUUUUAUUGAUAGUAUACCAUUAUUGUUUCUGCUUGAUCCAAAUUUCUAUCAACUCCUUAAUUUUCUGUGUGAAUGACAGGAGGCUUAUACCUGUUUUUCUGCAUCAACAACAUAGAUUUUUAAAUUUUAUUACCUUCACUGCUCUAAUACAGAGACCUAGCUUCUGAUUUGACCAUUACUGGUCAGCUGAUUGCAGAUCUAGCCCGUGAUUGGUCAACAGGCUAAAUAAAAGAUUGUAGCUUUGAAUUACCAUAGUCAGCUAACAACAGAAAAAAACAAAAUUUUGCCAAAUUCAUACAUAGAUAUUUACAGAUUACAUAUGUUUUUAGUGGAUCGGAUGCAGGUUGUCUCUUAAUGACACUGUCCUCCUCUGUGGGAUAGAAAAGCCUCUGGUAAUCUGUGUAAUUUUGUCCUUACACCUUGUCAGCUCCGCCCUUUGUUUUGUACUUUCUCCUGCAGGCUACAUGGUCUACAGUGCCUCAUAUGAUGACGUCCUCAACAACAGAUGGUCCUCCAGACUCUCCAGUGGGACACACCUGCCUGUGGAGAACCUCAAACCCAACUCUAGGUAACACGGAUCACGUGCAGUAUGUUUACACAGAACUAUGUACAAAUGCAAACAGCAGACCUGCUUACGGAAAGGUUGAUGUGACCAUGUGGACAGAACUUUUCACAGUUUCCUCUCACACACGUGGGAGUCAUCGAGAAAGAAGAACUUGCAAACAAAGAUUUCCCCUGCGUGUGAUGUUAAGGAUCAGGUUACGGCCUUGGAUUGCAGGUGCUUGGCUGCAGAUUGGUGUUGUUUAUAUCAUCAUCUCUUUAUCACAUAAUGCACAAAAUACAAACCUUGUCAUGAUGUUUGUGUAUGAGUUCAUGUUUACAUGUUUCUCUUGGUCUUAUUCCAUGUUUGUGAUAUAAACCCAGGCUGCCUGUGAUCAGGGCUGAUUGUGAGUUGGAUGCUGAUACUGGGGUGUUUGUGUAAGACAUCAGAGAACCGUCCAAGCGAGCAAAAUCUGUCCUGCUAAAAGGAGGCAGGUUAAGAAACACGUUUGACUCUGCACCAAGAUAUGACACGCUGUAAAACACGCUGUGUUGAGACUUUGGAAAAUUCAGUGGAACGUAAAUACAGCACACAUCCCGUCAUCACACCGAUACAGUCUCCUCCGUCUGUUUCAGUUAUUAGAGAGUGUUUCCACAAUCCCGCCUUGAAAUGGGUCAUGGUUUUUCAAAUAAAUGCAUGGAAACGAUUUCUUAACAUGUGGAACCAGGAGAGGAAGACAGAUGGAGAAGUUCCUAGAAAUGUACAGUCCAAUCACAUUUUGAGGACUCUGAAUUGCAUGCAUUUAUUUGGCGAUAAGUCAGUAUAUUAAAAAAAAGUUACAUCGGUUGAAUUGUCCUCUAUCAUUUGCUUUAUAGAGCUCUGGCACGCACUAGGUGACAUGUGAAUGAAUGGCAUAGACAAAGGUGAAACUACUGCUCAGCUUUAUGUCAAACAACACUGUGUUAGCCAAAGUUCUUCUGUGAAACAUGUCAUCCCGUCAGACGCAGGCUUUUCCCCACUGUUUUUUUAAUGCGAGUGAAAUUGCUCGGCAGUCAAGCCUAACAUACACCAUCCCUCUUUAUUUCUAUUAUCUCCCAUAUAUCAGCUGAACAAGAAACUGUGAUGAGAGAUGAAGAACAUUUUAGUGCUUCUGUGACUGUCCAAAAUGUCCUAAUGUGCCCGUUCCCCAUCUGGUACUCCGUAAGAAAAUAUUUCAUUCUCUAUAGCAAGUAAUCUAACCAUUAUCUGAUGUAAAAACAGCUCCAGAUGUGUGCAUACUCAAAAGGAAUCAGAGUAUUUUUUUGCAUGCUGGAGGUUUGAACUCAUUUUGAGGUGCUUUGGUGGGUGUCUCAUGACGGGUCAAAGAAAGCAAACACCUGCAGCUGGACACAAACUGCAGAGCUGCGUGCAUGGGUAAAGUUUUCCAGGAGUCUACAAAGAGGGCUUCCCUCCCUCCUUCCCUCCUUCCCUGGCAACAAGUUUUUAUCCACUGUAGUGCGUCUUCCUUGGUUACGGUUGGCAAGGGGAUGAUUUAUGGGAUACUGUUGGUAUUUCCCAUGCUGCAGGCUCCUUCUAGAUGCCAGAAAGACAGCUAUAUUAUUCAACAACACACACGUACAUGUAUGGACGCUCACAGGUGGAUACAUUUCUUUUGAGCCACAGGUUUUCCUGCUAAUAAGAUUGAAAAAAGUUACAGAAGACUUUAAAACUUUGGCAUCUCCUCCUUCAGGAUGAUAAAACUCUGGAUUUUUGUCAAGAUUUUCAGAAACUUUACAGUUUUAUUUCUUCUUUGUGCAGCAGAAAUUGCUUAUACUAAAAGCCUCUGUCAAGAGGAUUCAAGUCAUUAUGAAACAAAAUAAAAUUAAAGCUGAAGCCUUUAUGUGACCCGCUAAAGCAAACCAGAUGAUCAGGAAGAAGCUCUAUUAUUUCUUUGUAGGUCUUUUGAAUGCCGGCUAUCACUGCUAUUGGGAGAAAAAGAGAAUUACAAUACACUACCACAUGGAAGAUUUAGAGUUACAGAACUGACUGUUAAACAAUUACGGACAAAUGUACAAGACAAGUAUAGUCAAGAGAUUAGAUGAACCACUUUGUCCACAGGGGGCGCCACUAUUAACACAAACCAUAAGACUCACAGCGGAGCUUUAAUGAUUCCAUCUCUUGUUGAAACAUGCUCAUGUCCUCUUCAAAAGAAGUCUUUUGAUGGCUCCAAUAUUAGGGCUGUAAUUAACCAGAGAAAUUCUUGGUUGACUAAAACCCUGACAUUUCUGAUUCCUGAUGACAAACCCUUCUACGGCGGGGGAUGACGGGACUCGGCGGGGUGAAAGUAUACUGAUAUCAGAACAAGAAGGCAAUUAGACACAAAUAUUAUAUUCAGCAAACCACCAAAUGUUGAUUAACGUGGACGCGCUUUAAUCUUCCUGUCUCCAGCCGGUCUCUAGUGGGUUGGGCGAAUCCAAAACGGUGAUAAAAAGGGGGGUGUUCUGAGACAGGCUGUUACCUGUGAAACAGUGGUGCUCUGAAAACACCCCCAUUAGCACUUGGUAUGUUCCUCCGGAUUAAAUUAACCAUAGACUGUAAAUUGACACAGAAGAAGAUCGAGUCGACCAAUCAGAAUUUUGGUCGCCUCAGUACAUGUCGACCAAUAAGUCGAGGCAUGACUAGGACUAUCCAGUAUGUCAUGUUAAGAGUGAAUUUGUGAACAUAGAUGACUGAUUAAGUUCAACUUUGUUCAAUGAGGACUUUUCUGCCAGCUGCCAUAACAAAAAGUCUGUUUCAAGUCUGGUUAAACUCUUUCAUAUUCAAACUUUUAUUUUCUGUACAUCCUCUGUAAUAUUUUAGUUUAGGAACCAUGUGCCCUAAUCAGGCUGUCUAAAAGCACAUGGCUUUGUACAAAGGCUUUGAGCUAAAAACAUCCAUAUUGUUUAUGUUAUUCCCUUACCAUUUACAAAGAUAGAUAUUUCCUUUUUAGCUCUGUUUAUAAGAUGUUCACACCUUUGCUCAUAUCAUCCAUAGGCAAUGGCCACUCUCAUGCGAAGCCGUGCCAUUUUCUACAUCACGGUCAUUGCAUUGCAUCUGUGCUUAUAAAAUAAUAACUUCAUUUUUAAAGGAGAGAAGAGAGGAGAGGAGAGAAAACUGAGAGAAGAGUUUGUAGAGAGAUGUCAGAAAGAGGGCAAGGAAGCCAGAUUUAGAAACAGACACCAGAGUGCCUCCCACUGUGAGCACAUGUAUGAAAAGAUAUCCUGGAAAAUAUCAGGUCCUGUUUGUCCUGAAAUAGACUGGAAUUGUCCUGAAAAUGCUCUUGUGAGGAGUUUUUUUUCUAAUUAGUGAAACAGAUUUAACAUCAUAUAGAUUUUUUUAUGAUAUACAAAAGCAAAUGUUUAUGUUUUAAUUUUCAGUGCUUGGAACUGGAGUGAGAGGGUAGCUGUCAGCUGAGGAUACAGCCCUGUUUUUGCAUUUUGUAGUUAUAUAUUCAAAAUGAAGGACCCAUUUAACGAAGACUGCUUUGUCCACAAGGGACACCAAAAUGGACACAAUCUAAAGUUCCUCCCAGGGGCUUUAAUCUGUGAAAGAGGCUUGAAGGACAUUGAACUGUGCAGGUGUAAAUUUGAAUCCUCCACUCUUUAAAUGUAGUUUUAGGCUUUAUUUGACCAAUCAAAGUUCACUGAUUUGUUCAGAGGAGCCUCAAAUGAGGUCAGACUCAAUUCAGCGACCCCCUGAAUUAUGGAGCUGGCUUGGCUUCAUGUGGCAUCUUGUGGUUUAUCCUUAGUUCUUUUUUCUCUUUUCCUCCUCUCCUGAUUUCUUCUCCAUUUUCAUCUUUGAUUACAUCAUCUCUCAGCAGCUGCCUCACUGUCUUUUCUUUCUCCGAGUUUCUCUGGUGAUGUGUUUUCUGGUCACUGUUGUCACGUGGCUGUGGUGAUUAGAUCCAGACCUCAUGGCUGUUCUUGGUGAGAGUUUUUGGCUGAAAACUGAUCGACCGUGAACGUAGUGUAUGUGACCCUGCAGGAUGGAGCGGGGCGCAGAAGCACAAAGUGAUGUGUGGAGGAACACACACAGCAGCUACAAUGGAAAACUUGAAACGUAUGGUGGUUUUUGGCGCUGGUGUUGUUUUAUUUUGAUAGGGUUUUACAAUUCGUCACCACUUAGAGUCACAAUGAGCUCACAGCAUGGCUCCACUUAGCCAUUUUUCUUUCGAUAAAUAUCCAUCUCUUUCCAGUCCUAUUCUGUGCUCUUAUCUCCACUUUUCUAGAUGUCUUUUUUUCCAUUCCUGCCCUUUCCUCCGCUCUCCCUUCCUCCUUCUCCCUUCAACAUGAGCCAAAUAGCCAUUUUAUUGUGCUGCGCUCACUCUGGAUUUGUACCAAUGUGAAACAGACUACUCUUAAAUCAGCCAGACUAAAGCAUGCCCAGUCAUCUGCUUCUAUCAUUAACAUUUUCCUCACCUUCCCCCAGUCAAAACAAAACUGGCCAAAUGACAUUGUCACCACUUAAUCUCCCAUUAAAUCCUUACGUUUUAGUUUGUUUUCAUUCAGGUACUACUUCAAAGUGCAGGCCAAGAACGUGUUUGGUUUGGGACCAGUCAGCGACACACUCACCUAUGUGACUGAAUCAGGUGUGUAUCCUGGAUUAACACUGAGACGCCUCAUUAACAACAGUUUUAACCCUAAUUGAAGUUUUUCUGUGCCUCAUUACAGCUGAUGAAAACUGUAGUAUCCAUCUUAUUACAAAGAAAGAGCUUUAAGUUUAAACACAGGCUUGGACAUGUAGCUCACCGCCAGAUGUACAGCUUCAUUUUGUGGGGUUUAUUGCUCUAAAAAUCAGGUUAACACAUCAGACGUUUGUUGCUGUCUCCGUGCUUUUCCUCCCUUGUGUAAUGACCGCGAUCGUUCCUUUUUUUUCCAGACGAUCCUCUUCUCAUCGAAAGGCCACCUGGUAAGUUUUUGUCCUGACGGCACACUUCUGAUUUAAGGUCAGCUCGUCCUGCUGAGCUGCACAAGAGAUUUAAAGAGAGGACUAUCAUUCAGUUCAGUGACAUGACAGGAUAUAACUCUAUUUACAGUCCUUCUUAUUUUUCCCAUCUGCAGCAUUGGUUGGAUUUCUACUGUGUGUGGGCAAAAGAAUCUGUGAAUUAGCCUGAAUAAGAAGUCUGGCAAUACUUUCUUUUUCCAACAGCAUUAUAAGGUGCAUAUUUUAGCCAGUAAAUAUUGCGGAAACUCAAAAGUGAAAUCUGAAAAAUCUGUUUUGAGUAGUUUGGAAUGUCUGUACAACAAGUUCAGUUUAAUUUCUUAAAAAACUAGGGGUUUUUUUGUUUGGUUUUUUUUUUGGUACUCCGUUACAUUUCUUUAUUUUCUUUUCUUCUCUGUUGAGACCCAGGACUUAAAGGUGCAGUCAAAACUCCAUGGUUGCCAAUAUUUUUGUAUGAGCGCUCUCUCCUGUUGAAAGGAAAAACGCACCCAAGGUUUAAGUACCUUUAGGUUAAAGCUGCGCAAUAAAUCACAAUUUCAUCUUUAUCGCCACAUGAGUGAUCGCAAUAAAGUCUGAAUGUCUUGCAAUAAAUAAGUUAAGUUUUUUUAUUUCAACGGGCAAGGCUUCCUCACUCAGCAUGAGUAUAAUUCACUGGAUGAAUGGAGGCCUGAGUACAUCGGCCAUGCUUUCACUCUUUUUAAAGCAGUCAGAUGAAGCUCAAGCUAGCUAUGAUUAGAAAGACAGGUAUUCUAAGUUAUUUCAGGGAUUUUUUGCAGUUAUUAGAUAGGACAGUUAAAGAGAUGAAGUAAAUGUGGGGAGGAAAGAGCAGGGAAGAUAUGAAUACAGGGAAAAUGCUGAGAGUCAGACCAUCAACCUGUACCACAAGGACUGUUGAGUACGCCUAAAGCGAACACGAGGGCACCAGAUAGACACAAAACAUGAGAGGCCUUACUUGUCACACUUUGAAUUAUUAUUGCAAUAUUGAACAAUAUUGUGGUGGUGGUGGUGGUGGUGGGGGGGGGGGGGGGGGGGUAUUUUAAAAUCAUACAUGCUUAGUUUUCCGUAAAAAUUUGUGCAAUCCCUAUCAAAAUGUUUUCAUGUACAUCGUUACAAUGAUGGAACCCCUUUUUUGAACUGAAAAAAAAACAAAACAAAAACAACUUAAAAUCUAAGCAUAACUCAAGUCUUUUUAAUGCUAAGUUUUACAUAAUGCAUUGUAUUUUUUAAUCACAAACAUCAGCCCAACAUAAAGGUCUUUAGCAGUCCUCUGGUAUUUAAUACAAACUGAAUGGUGUCUCAGUGCUGCCAAGAGAUUUUUAUGAAACCUUUAAUUUCUCUGUGCUUGAUAAUACCACUCAGAAAUAAAUCAUCAUAUCAUCUUCGUAUUAAGAUAGCUAUUUCAUCUGGCUUUAUGUCAACAAUAUGUCAAAAGUAAUGUUCAAUUGGUUUCUAAGUUUGACGGUGAAAACAGAUGUUUGACAUACUAAUUGAAAACUUCCUCCCCAUUCUGCAGGUGGAGAGCCAAUCUGGGUUCCCUUUACAUUUAAGUAUAACCCUGCCCACAGCAGCUGUAAGGGCAGCCAGUAUGUCAAGCGGACAUGGUAUAGGAAGUUUGUGGGCGUGGUUUUGUGUAACUCACUACGAUACAAGAUCUUCAUGGGAGAAGGUCUGAGAGGUAACAUGAACUAACUUCUGAUUUCUGAUUCGGUCAUAAAUAUCCCAUUUCUAUGCGAAACCUAUCUGUGCUAUAAUUGUUUGGUGCUCUUAUUAUCACCCACUUCCCAUUUCUCCCCACAGAGCCUUUUUACAGUGUAGGAGACACAUUUGGUCAGGGAGAAGACCACUGCCAGUUUGUGGACUCAUACAGGGAUGGCCGGACGGGCCCGGCCUACCUUUCAAACAAUCUGCCUACAGCACAAGGUAAACAGGAACACAUUGUGCACAGAUUUAUGGCCCCAGUAUUUGGACUAACCUGUUGUCAUACUUUCCAUGCAGCCCAUUUGCUUGACUCUUAAGGGGACCAGCUGCAUUGAUCUUAUCUGACCCAGACUCAGAGUAACAUUUAAAUGGAAACAUGUUGAAGACCCGACAGUAUUUUGCAUUUUUAGCCAAAAUCUUCAAAUGUGGUUCUUUGGGUUUCUACAGACCCUUAUUCUUGCCACACCAGAACAUAAUAGAUCAAUACAAAUAAAGACAAUAAGUACCUUUAGGUCAUAUUUAAGUCAUUGGAUUAUGUUUGACUUGCUUGAGAUAUGCUCUCUGCCACUGUUAACAACAUUACCAACUGGUUUUUGGCUCGAUUGUAGAAUCAAAGCAACAUUUGGAAAAUAUGAUUAUGAGGUAGCCAAAGAAAAAACACCUUUAUUGAUGUGUUUGACAUUUAAUCAAUGACUGGAGUAGAAAAAAAACACUGUUUUAGUUUCUUCUCUAUUUGUACAACACAAACUUUGUUAUUUAAAGCUCCUAUAAGAAACUUUUAGUUAGUGUACUUUUUGUGAACAAGGCUGUAGGUGUUUUUUUUUUAAACACAAUAUCCUACUUUUAAAGAAGAUAGAUGUGUCAGUCCUUUUAAACUUCUGCUUUGGUAAAUACAGUAUGUCAUGGCAGUGAACUGUUUAUCUCUUCAUCAGACACCUCCCCAUGUAAGUGGUGACAGGCAUUAAUAGUAAAAUAUGACAGUUAUCUGAAGUAAGAAAUGCUCUCCAGACCUGAAUAAUCAUCAUCAUCACUCAAGCAAGAGAUUACGAACAAAGGCUGAAUUAUUGUGUUUUAUUUUUCACUAUUUAUUCUGUUUUUGUAAAUGGCUUUCAUUUCUUUUCUUUUUUUUUUAGGAUUUUAUCGUGCAUUCAGACAGGAGCCAGUUUCAUUUGGAGUUAUUGGCCGACGUACAACCCAUCCAUUCGUGGGCUGGUAUGAAUGCGGGGUGCCAAUCCCUGGGAAGUGGUAAAACUGCAGAAGAAGGAGACAGUGUUCCCCGAGGGCGACCCUUUUGCAUACUGCUGCAGGCUCUUACCUUUACUGGUGCUGCCCUUUAAAACAGACUAUUGCCUGCCUCAUUGAAAGGACACCACUAUGAAUUUAUUACUGCUUCACAGAAAGAGAAUAUAGUACUUUAAAAUAACUCAAUGUAUAUCAUUAUGAUGCACUUUUAUAUAAAGCAGUCUGUAUAUGAGGGAAAAAAAGAAGCAUGUGUGCUCUUGCUUAGUUUAACUCAUGUCUUAACAUGUCCUUGUACUGUUGCUGACAAUCCCAAAGACAAGUCCUCACCCAGAGUUAUUUAUCCCACCAAUAAUGCA